CUGUGAAUGACUAAAGAAAAGAGACAUGGCUCAGGAAAUGCUGGUCCCUCAUGCUGAUAUCUACCGUGUCCUCUCUUUUACUUUCCUGAUUCAUCUGGCCACCUUCCAAGAGGAUUUAAACACCUUACCACCAAAUGCGGAGAAUGUGACAAUUACUGGGAACUUGCUGGUAAGUGUGAGCCCCUGCAGCAAAACCUGUGGGCUAGGUUGGAGGUCCGAGUAUUACUGCAAGAUGGACAAAAAGGGGCAGAAAAGUAACUGCACGUUAACAAACGCCUUGUGCCUGAUCAAUCAGGACUGUGGUCUGAUAGCCAAGACCACCACCGUAGGUGCCACCUUGAGUAUCAGCUGCCUGGAUGCAACCAUCAAAACUUUAGGAUCAUCAGAUUUCAUCUUCGUGUGGAAGAUUGCGAGGGGAAUUGUGACAACAGAUCAAUAUUUAUUCAAACUCUUUCCAAUCAGGGAUACAAACACACCCUGGAUGAUUAUUGUAAAAGCUGUGGAGGAGAAGCAUGCUGGGACGUAUAUGUGCCAAGUGCAGAACUCAAAGACAAUGCAAAUUGUCAAGCGUGUGCUCAUUGGAGUGAGGGUCAUCCCGGAAAAAUUGGUGCAACUGAAUUAUUAUGAAGUGCUGUCACCUGAGCAAAAGGAGGAAUUGGAAAUCCUGCAAGGAAAUCUGGUGAAGAAGAAGUCAAAAUCAUUUUUUGCGAAAGUAAAAGCUUUAUUUAAAAGUGCGAACACGGCUGUGCGUGUCAUUGCCAUCGGUUUGGCAAUCGGCGGGGCCUGUGCUUUUGUUCUUGGAGCCAUAUUUUUGUGUAUGACAAAUUACUGA